AUGAUCAACAUCUUCAAAACCACCAAGAAGCCAGCCAACACCAAACUGGAAACUAUCUCAACAAAGCUGGAUCAGCUAAUAGAAGUUACUAAACAGCAGCAGCACCCAACUGGGACCUACGCGGGCAUAGUCAAAAGAAACCUCCCCGAGUCCAAACCAGAUACCAGUUCAGCUGUAAUAAUUAUCGAGAGCAAAGACAAGAAGGAGGACGCCGAAUCUAUCAAGAAGAAGGUCAAGCAACAGCUCAACCCAAAGGAACUUAAGGUCGGAAUCACCAAAGUAAGGAAGAUUAGGAACCAAAGUGUCCUGGUCGAGAUAGAAAGAAAAGGAAAGGAAGAAAAGAUAAUAGAAGAAAUCAACAAAAUCAACAACCUCACUGCAAGGGAGCCCAAAAAGUCCCUCCCGAAGAUGGCCAUUUACAACGUGCCGAUCGAUCUUGGGAAGGAAGAAAUAAUAGAAGCAGUCUUUCGACAAAAUCCGAGGAUCGCUGACCAAUAUCCCAGCCUGGAAGAAUACAGAAAAGAUAUCGUUAUCAAAUACAAAUGGGGAAGAAAGCAAGACGUAAACCACUGGGUAUGCGAAGUCUCACCAAAGCUGAAGAAACUACUUACCAAGCAGAAGAAAAUAAAUAUAGACUGGGUAUGCUGCAACACUGAAGAAUACUACAUCAUCAUUCAGUGCUUCAGAUGCUGCAAGUACGGCCAUUUCGCCAAAGAAUGA